CGCGGGGGAGGGUCACGUGACGGGCUUCCGGGGGGCGCGCAUGCGCAGAGCGCCGGGACCGGUCCCCUGGUCGCCUGUCGCCGCCUGUUGUCGCCUGUCGCCGCCUGUUGCCGCCGCCUGUCGCGGCCGCCUGUCGCGUGGCCAGGGCGACCAUGGAGAACCUGCGGCGGCUGCUGAGUAGCCCCGACGCCGAGGAGCAAGGGCUGACCGCCCAGGUGCUGGAUUCCACUUCACUUAGUUUUGGCACUAGGUUGAGAUGGUUUGCCAUAUGUUUCGUCUGUGGCAUCUUGUGUUCUUUGCUUGGAACGGGAUUGUUGUGGCUCCCAGGUGGAGUGAAACUUUUUGCUGUUUUCUACACCUUUGGAAAUAUUGCAGCAUUAGCCAGCACUUGCUUCUUGAAGGGACCUGUGAAACAACUGAAGAGCAUGUUUGAGCCAACAAGAUUGCUUGCUACGAUUUGUGUGCUGCUCUGUUUGAUAUUCACUCUGUGUGCUGCUCUUUUGUGGCAUAAAAAAAACCUGGCCGUUCUAUUCUGCAUAUUACAGUUCCUAGCAAUGACGUGGUAUAGUUUGUCAUAUAUCCCAUAUGCAAGAGAUGCGGUGAAAAAAUGCUGUACUUCCAUCAUAAGUUGAACCAACCAAACACCAUGGAGAAGGACAGGAGAAGCCGAGGCCUUAUUUUUCAUAGAAGUAUGUUUCUUCAGAUCUUACUCCUCAUUCCAGAAAGAGCAGACACCAUUUUGUAUCCCGGUAAAGCAUAUCUGGGUUUUAUGAAACUUAAAUGUUGUUAUUAAAUAAAUUGUUUCAUUGUGCUGUUAAAUGUAUAUAUCUUUACCAAAGACCGUGAGUCCUUCAACACCACAUUAAGUGGUAACUGCUUUUAGACUGCUUUUAUGAUCUGAAUUUGAUAAGAGUUGGGUGUGAAUCUAGGCAGCCAGGGAUCUUUGUCAUUCAUCCUUUUUAUAAAGGUUUUUACUUGGCAUUUUAAAGCUUGCUCUCAUCUAAAUAACAAACUGUUCCGCACAUUAUGUACAUUUAUUUAUAAUAUGUUCAGGAAAUUUUAAGAUAAGCUCUCUAAAUAAAAGUUGAUGUUUUCCAGAAGAGA